AUGUUUCGCACUGGAACUACAUCAUUAAAAAAUGCAUUAGAAAUAUUGGGUAUUGGAAAGGGUUAUUAUGAGGUUAUGAUUAAUGAACAUCUAGGUGAUCAUCCUGGUUAUUCUCAUGCAUCUGCUUCACCAGUUUUAGAUUUUUAUCGUGAAUUAAUGAAAUUUUAUUCAAAAGCAAAAUUUAUUUUAACCUGUCGAGAUGAAGAAAAAUGGCAUGCUUCAAUAGUUAAUACAGUUAAUCUUUGA